CCGGGGAGGAGUGGGGAAGGGACUUGCUAUUGUCUGUGACAAGAGGAACAGACCUUUGUGCGAAGACAUAAAUGGAGAGACGCAAACACACGCAAUAGCAGAAAGAAAAAGAAAGGCUGGCAGAAACAGGAUUCUCCAAUGUGAAUGUUGCUAUUCUACAUAGUGCCCUGGUUCCAUUCCGUUUUGAGAGCCUGGAAACUGCUUUCGACCAGAGCCCCACAAAACCAGUCUUUGCGGCCCAUAUUGUCAUUCACCCUUUGUCCGUUAUCUGAAGAACAAAGAGCAUUUGACUCUCCUUUUGACUUCCUGUCCUGUGGAGAAAACACUUGUGGUCAGCAAUGGCACUACCUGGAGCUUAAAGAACAUGUCCUGGGCUUUGGGUUCUAGCACCACUGGCUUCUCCAGCUCUUGUAGUUAUUGUGGCAACUGCGGAGCUGAGCAGUUUUUCCUCUGUAAGGGGAUGACCACUGGGAUAUACCCCCUACCAACACCUCAGUGAAGAUGUCUAGUUUUUGUAGCCCCACUGCUCCCUUAUGUGCCAAGGUUCCCCCUUGGCACUUCCUUCCUAUUAACAAGCAGGUGCUCCAUGGAGAUAUACAGCAAGGGCUGAAGGAAAACCUUGAGGAACAGAGUGCUAAGGUGGUAACUGAGUCCAGUAAGCCACUUCAUCCAUUAAUGCCCUGUGAUGGACCUGAGAGGACUCAGAAGAGUGUCUGUGUAGAUAAGGAGCUUGCUCAUUCUAGACCUGUAGCCUUUCCUAGACCCAACCUGUUCCAUUCACUCCCCAGCCCAAAGGACAUCAAACAAGAAGCAAGGCGGCGGCUACAGCUCCACAGACAGAACAGCUCCCCUAAUCUUGCCCUUCGCCAUCUAAGGCAUGGCUUAGAAAUGAUCAAAUACAGAAACACAGAUUAUGUACAAAGUUCUGGAGAAACCAGGAGAAUGGAAAUGGAAAGAAGAGUUCACCUCAAGGGCCAGCUGUACAUUCCAACUUUUGAAGAGUUCAAGAAGAUGAGACAAAAGUUACUGGACCCAUCCUUAGGACCCUCCAAACAGAGAACUGUUCAGGAGCUCCAGAAUCCUCAGGAAAGCAGUGAGAACAAAACCCCUAUUGUCUUCCAGGAGCCUUCUCAGUUCUCAGUAACUCUGAGCCAGCCAGUUUCAGAAAUGAACAAUAACUUUAGUGUAGGAUUGUGUGGGCUAACCUCCACCCAGCACCUUCCAUCACCAAACCAUCGCAAUUCAACUACUGAUGAUAAUAUCCUUAUUUCAAAGGAUAUCAACUCUUGGGUUCCUAGCCCUGAGAACUCCAGCUCUGUAAUACCCAGCAGGGAUGACCCUCCAGAUCCCAUCUGUUGCAGCCCAAUUCCCAGGUCUAUAUUGCAGACAGACUCCAACAAAGAAAAGGAUCAGACAAAAGAGGACAAAGCAUGCAUUCUGGAACUUCCACGUAUAGUCCACCAUAGUUCACAACAGUCCCCAGCCUCUGCUGUGCCAUCAUCCUGCUGUCCCACCUUGCUUCUUGAAGCUACUGACCUGUCUUGCUAUGGCAACAAACUGCAAAGGAUGAAGGAUGGGAUGAUUGACUCAGCCCUGGGCCUGAUUAAGAAAAGCUGUAGCCCCAAUGUUGCUGUCAAGUCUCCAUCACAGUCACAGAACCACCAGGACCAUGCUUCCUUGGAUAAUAACAACCUUUCACUGAAGGCUCCCAUAGUAACACAGAUGUGCCGGAAGGAGCUGAAGGACAAGACUGCAAGGGACAUUCAAUUGAUUGGAUGGACCUUGAGUCCUGACUGCCAUCGCUCCAAUCUGAACAAUCCCCUGGAGAGCUCCAGGUCUCCCCAGCAGUGCCAACCUCAGCCUCAUUUUAAUGACUCAACAUCAAAGAGAACCAGAUGGAAAAAACAACUGGAACUGAGAACUGCUGCCACCAUUCACCAGCUCACACACAGAUACGAGACCAAGAAAAGCCCUGCUUUUCCUGAAACAAAACUUCCAGGUGUCCUUCAUGGCUGGAACUUGAAUGAGAACAACUAUUCCCCAUCUGCUAAACAGCAUUGGAACAACAUGGAUUGCUUUAGCAUGGACAAUGGGGUGACUAGUUUGAGUGAGGAGCAGGAUGAGAAUGAGCCUAGUGGAGACCAGGAGCCAGGACAAGACCUGAGGGCUAGGGUAGUUGAGGUAGAGCAUGUAGACAUUGGCCUUGAACCAGCCCUGGCCAGAAAUUGGCACAGUCAGGCAUCCACAAUGUCAAACUCUCCAGGGGAACAUUGUACAGACUGUGGGGAGAGGAAAGAAGCCCUGAGCCUAGGGCACGGGAGCCUUUGUGGACAGUGCACCAAGCUACACUGGGAACGAAAACAGGCAGUGUUGGAGUUCAUUCAUACAGAGGCCAGCUAUGGAGAGGACCUGCGCAUUAUCAAGGAACAGUUUCAGUUGCCUAUGCAGUCAGCUGGACUGCUAAGUCCCGGGCAGUUGCAAGUUGUGUUCAGCAACAUCCAGGAGCUCAUUGACCUCAAUGAGAGAUUUCUAGAGAGCCUGCAGGAGGAGAUAACACAAGCACUGUCACAGGGUGAUGAUGACCUGAUGACGGUGUGCAUUGGUGAGAUCUUCCUGGAGUACAUCAACAUGUUGCCUGCUUUCCAGACUUACUGUCUUCAGCAGGCAUCCUCCAUAAGCACUCUCAGCACCCUGGAGAAGGAAAAAGAGCUACUUCGUAUUUUCCUCCAUGCCUCACAAACUAACAACACGGCACUGAGGCGGAUGAACUUGAAUUCAUUUCUGAUAGCACCAUUGCAGCGUAUCACCAAAUAUCCACUUUUGUUGAGCCGAAUUGCACAGGCCACAGCUACCUUCCACCCUGACUAUAGCUGCCUCUGUGAGGCCACAAGCCGCCUAGCUUCUUACUUGGAGCACAUCAAUAGGAAGACAAGACAGGAAGGUAGCUUGCCCUGGGCUCUGCGCCCCUUCCGCCAGAGUGCCUGGCACCUUCAUGAGCCAGUUGCUGCCAUUGAUCGACGGGAGCUGGCACUGAAAACACUGGGCUGGCCAUGGGAGGAGACUCGUUUUGUAAUGGAGGGAGGACUGCAACUGGCUCAAGCCCCUGAUGGCCCCUGGACCAGGAAGGGCAGUCGAACCCUGAAGUUCCAGACUCUGCAGGUGAUCCUAAUGGCUAGGCUACAGAGACCAGCUGAGAGUGGCUCCAGACAUGGGGGCCCACGUCAGGGGCCAGUGGGGGAUGCUGCAUUAGUGCUGAUUCGUGAUAAGAAUUAUGGUAAACUGAGCUUGUUGAGGAGCCCAAUAAGGUUGGGCCAGUGUGUAGUAUCAGCUGACCCUCUUUGCCAGACUUUUGAGCUGCUAGAGAUACAGCAGGGGGCCUUUAUCCUACGUGAUGAUGACUAUGCCCAUACUCAGCUUUGGCUACAUCACAUCCGUGGUUAUGCCCGCCAGCUAGGGUCCUGGAAGAGGCGUCGCAAUGCACUACCCAAUAUCAUGAUCAGUAUUUCCAGCCAUCCCUGAUCCUAGGGAUGUCCUCAGUCAGGGUAGAAGGGAUUAAAAACAUGAUCUCAGGGCAGCUAGGUGGUGCAAUGGAUAAAGCACUGGCCCUGGAUUCAGGAGGACCUGAGUUCAAAUCCAGCCUCAGACACCUGACACUUAUUAGCUGUGUGACCCUGGGCAAGUCACUUAACUCUCAUUGCCCUGAAAAACAAAAAAACAUGGUCUCAAUUCCAUUAAAUCCCUAAAAUGUAUCUCUCUAGGAAGGAUCUAGGCAUGUAUUAGGAGCCCUACUCUCCUUUCUGAGCUAGGGAUCCUAGACCCUUCUGUUGAAGUAUACCUGUCUUCCCUACUGAGGCUAGAGGAGGGGACUCAUUACUUCUAGUGUGACUUGGCUUCUCUCCUCCAUUAGUCUUGGUUGCUAAUCUCUAUACCCUUACCAAGUUCUUGGGAGAUGAAGUAAGGCCCUAUUCAGCCUAAGGACCAUGUAGUUGCCACUGCAGAUAAUCAGGAAGCAGAUUCUAUGUCUUUCUCCAAGUCCUUGGAACCAAAGCUUGAGAGUGAAAAUGCUAUAACACACAGCCCUCUUCUUAUCAGAUCAGACUAUUUUGGAACCAUGUUUCUUUCUUUUUUUUUUGGCUGGGCAAUUGGGGUUAAGUGACUUGCCUAGGGUCACACAGCUAGUAAGUGUCAAGUGUCUGAGGGCAGAUUUGAACUCAGGUCCUCCUGAAUCCAGGGCCGGUGCUCUAUCCACUGCACCACCUAGCUGCCCCUCGAACCAUGUUUCUUCAUUCUUCCUCUCCCCCAACCCCCAAACACAUACAGAGAUACUGCUACUUUGCCAGGUGCCUUUAAUCCAUGGGGCUUUCUGGACUAUGGCUGCAGCGAAGAGCUGGCCAUUUGGCCUUGAUAACAGAGAAGGAGGAAAGGUAAAGAAGCUGGAAAAGGUAGAUUCAGGAGUGCUACAGAGGAAAGGGGGGAGGAAGAAGGAACUGAGUGGGAGGGGCAGUACUGCCUGCUUUCUAGUGUUUCCUAGGGUUGGCUCUGAGUUGGGUGAGGUGGGGUCACCAAUCAUUGCAAUAGGGAUCAUUCUUAGUAAAUAACUGCCCUAUUCAUUCAUUUAUCCAAAAAAAGUACAUAUUGAAUGUGUACUCUGCAAGGCACUGGGGCCAGAGCUCUAAAGCAGAAACUAAGAUGAAUGUUCUCUGCCCCCAAGGGGCUAACAAUAUAAGUACUACUUUUCUGCUUGCCCAGGUUCUUUAUUUAGCCAUUCCUCAUGAUUCCACUUUUGGACUCAUUUCUAGAUUUAACCAUUUAACGAAUAUUAUGUAAAGGUACCUUGGGAAGUGCAAAGAUGAAUGACCUUGUGUUUGCUUGCCUUCGCAGAGUUUACAGUCUAGUAGGAAGGUUAUUAUAGGCAUAUAAAUAACUAGAAUAUGUAAUGUGAAGCUACAAUGAGAGAUAAAGCCUUCUAUUACUUCAGAAGAGGAAGAGAUUCCUUCUAACUGAAGGUAACAAGGAUGGCAUUCUGGAGAAGAUGGCACUUGAGUUGAACCGUGAAGAAUAGGUAGACAUUGGUUAGGCAGAGCAGAAGGGAAAGGCAUUCCAGCCAAAAUAGACAAUGGUAUGGAAUUGUGGAACCAAAAGUUAUGUUUGGGAAACACACGAUCUAGUCUGGCUAAGGCCUUGACUUUGGGGAAGGAAAAAGUAGGAGAUAAGCCUAGGAAGAUUAGAUUGGGACAAAAUUGGGAAGAGCCUUUUUUGUCAGAUGGAGUUUAUAGUCUAUUUGCUGUGUAAUGAGGAGCCAUUAAAGAUUUUUGAACAAGGGGACAACAUGAGAAGAAUUAUACUUUAGUAAGAUUCAUAUGGCAGCUGUAUGUUGAAUGGAUCAGAGAAGGGAAGAUGAAGAAUGGGCAGAUUUUAGUUUAUUUUAAGAAAAAGCUUCCAAUUUGAAGCUGUCCCAAAGUGGAAUGUGCCUCUUCAUUGGAGGUCUGCAAGCAAAGGCCAGAUGAUCUCUUGUCAGGGAUACUGUAAAGGGCAUUUUGAUUCAGGUACAGGUUGGCCUAGGUGGCCUCUGAGGUCCCUUUUAAGUGUGAACUUCUUUGCUUCUGGGGAAAGCCUGGAGAUGUGGGUGACCACUUAGAAGGUGAUUGCAAAUCCUCUCAUUCAGCUCCCAAGAAUUCCUUGUACUCUCUAAAAGUCUCCCAGGAGAGUACAUAUAAGUCCCCCAAAGACAUGAAACAAUUAAAGGAGAGAUACCAAGCCUUCUAGAUUCCAUUUCUGUGCCUUGAUGUUCCUAGUUAUGGGGGGCGGAGCAGCGAGGUGAUACAGGGGAUAAAGCACCAGUCCUGGAUUCAGGAAGACCUGAGUUCAAAUGUGGCCUCAGACACUUGACACUUACUAGCUGUGUGACCCUGGGUAAGUCACUUAACCCUUAUUGCCCCACAAAAAACCUCCAAAAACUUCUAUGGGAGACUAAGAUAUUCCUAGUUAUGUAUUCCUAGUUUCUGACCUGAGUUUCUUGUAACUAUUAGUCAGGCUGCUGGACUAGGGCUAUUAGGUUAGGGACAAUAGAAGCAAGUCCAUUCUCCCAGAAGAGCCAUUGUGAAGGGUGUAACUAGAAAUGUCAGACUCCAAAUUAAAAAAAAAAAAAACAUCAGAAAAUAUUUUUGUUUUGUUUGUUUCCUCUUGAAUUUUUUCCCUUGCCACUUCCUGAUUCUUUCACCAAGAAAUGACUUUAAAAGUUGAACUUUAGUAUGAAAAGGGUACAAUGUGGUACAAGGUAUAUCUUUUUUUUAAAUUUUAUUUUUAAUUUAUGGAAUAAAAUAAGCAUUUCUGUUAACAUAAUAUAAUAAAA